AUGGGUGUAGAAUUAAACGUGGAUGGUACAAAACAUCGUAAUCCAAAGUAUCAACACUGUGAAACCAUUAACUCAAAUCAUCCUUACUUUCUUCAUGCCUCUGAUGCACCAGGAAUGGUGUUGGUCAAUAACCUCUUUGAUGGUAAAGGUUAUCAGGGAUGGAAGAGAUCUAUUCUUAUUGCCUUGUCAGCCAAGAACAAGCUUGGUUUCAUCACUGGUGCUCAUGCUACUCCUGCUCAAGAAUCUCCAGAUCUGCAACCUUGGAGUAGAUGCAAUGAUAUGGUCACAGCCUGGUUGCUAAAUUCAUCAUGGUCAAAAGAAAUUGCAGACAGUGUCAUUUACUCAAGAACAACAAAGGAACUUUGGGUAAGCUUGGAGCACAGGUUUGGACAAACCAAUGGUGCCAAACUUUUUCAUCUUAAGAAAGAACUGAGUAGGUUGACACAAGGAACUAGUAACAUUGCUGGUUACUUCACCAAGCUCAAAAGGCUCUGGGAUGAACUUGAUUCACUUAACUCAAAUAUCAAGUGUGCUUGUGUGUGUUCAUGUGAAAGAAAACAUAAACUGGAAAAAUCCAUGGAUGAUGAGAGAUUCAUGAAAUUUCUCAUGGGCUUGAAUGAUACCUAUGCACAAGCUAGAGGGAACAUUCUAAUGAUCAAUCCUUUACCUGACAUUAAUCAGGCUUACUCUUUGAUUUUACAGGAUGAAAAUCAAAGAGAGACAUAUAUGAGUCCUAUCAUGUCAUCUGAUUCUUCUGCUUUUAUGGUUGGAAACAUGAAUCAAUUUAAGGGUGCAAAACAAGUUCAAAGAAGUGCAGGACCAUCUCAUCAGAGAUCUAGAAAUCCUUAUCCCAGAUUCAACAGCAUUCAGCAACAUAAGUUCACAAAACAGGCACAUAAGUUCAAAGGAAAAAGAGGAAAAUAUAACCCUAAUGUAUCUUGUACUUAUUGUGGAAAAACAGGUCAUGUUGCAGAUGAUUGUUAUAGGUUGAUUGGGUUUCCUGAGGACUUGCAGUUCACAAAUGAAAAAGGGGUUCAAAUCAGGAGUAAUGGAGUUCUACCAAUAGAGGAAAGUGAAAACAAGAACAACAAUUUUGCAGAACUUAACACACCAAAUCAGUCUUACAACAAGGAGCAGUACAAUCAAUUUGUCCUGAUGUUUAAGCAAAUGAAGGUAGAUGAAGCAACAACCAAUAUUGGAGGAUCUGAAAUUAACACAAAUGCAGUAGCUGGUACUAUUUUAAAAUAUCUUGGAUCAUGUUUUUCAGUCAUUAAUUCUAGCACCUGGAUCAUUGAUUCAGGUGCUUCUGAGCAUAUGUGUUUCAAUUCAGAGUCCUUUCUAUCAUUGUCACUUCUUAAAAUACCCUUGACUAUUAAUCUUCCCAAUUGUCAAACUAUCCAGGUCACUCAUGUUGGUAUAGUCUCUAUCCUGCCUAAUUUUACUUUGAAAAAUCUUUUAUAUGUUCCAAGUUUCAAGUAUAACCUCAUGUCUAUUCAUAGGCUUUGCACUCAGUUUGUAUGUAAUUUAUUUUUCACACCAACUGAUUGUAUCAUGCGCAGACCUUUAAUAAGGAAGGGUCAAAUUUUUGGUAAAGCAAAGGAGGGUCUCUACUUGUUCCAGCCAAAUCCUAAGCCAACUCCUAAGGAAUCUAGUUCUAGUCACAAUUUCAGCAAUAGUGUUUCUAGUCCAUCUAAUGUAGUCUCUAGUUUACCUAAUUCCAUUUCUGUUGUUAAUCCUAGUGUUUUCAAAUUCUUUUUUCCUUUUGUUACUGAUCAAUCUUCUUUGUUUUCAAAAUAUCCUACUUCUUCCAUUACUGAUGAGCAUUUUUUCCCUCAUCUUCACAUCCAUCAACAAAAUGAUUUACCCAACUCUACUUCUCCAUCUCAAUUACACUCAGAUACAGAUUUACCUAGUAUCCCUGCUCCUAUUUCUUCUGAAUCACCUACUGUUUCCAACAAUCACUCUCCUCCUCACUCACCACAUCAAGUACCUUCACCUAUAUCUCCUGUUGCUGAUGUUAGGAGGUCAACUAGAUCUAACAAAGUUGUUAUGCCUACACACUUUCAAGAUUUUUAUUGUAAUUCCAUCUUUCUUAGCAACAUCACUGAAUCCUGUCUUGACACUCCUUCCACACCUACCAUACUAUCUUUUCAUGCCCUCUCUAUUCCUAAUCAACUACUCUUACAAUCAGUUUCUAGCAUCAUUGAACCUACAAGUUAUACUCAGGCCUCUGCUCAUCCAGGGUAG